UAACAGCUGUGGACUCCAAGCGGCGCCGAAUGCACGCCAGGAAUGCUGUCUCUCUUAUCCGCUGUUUUGCUCGCAGUAGUCAAUGAGCGCGCAGACUCGCGCGUCAGCCAGAACGCGUUAAAAGAGGAGCGUCCGCGGAUAAUUCGCAUUUCAAAGCGAACCACCGGCGGUUUGAGGAGGCAGAUAACACAAACGGUUCUAGGUGGAAGUCGUGGCAUUUGACGCUCUCGUCAAGAUGAAGAGCGAGAGUAAAGGAGGCACUAAACAAAGGAACUUCAGGAUAGCCGUCCUAGGCCAUUCAAACGUGGGAAAGUCGGCGCUGACUGUGCGCUAUUUGACGCGGCGCUUCAUCGGCGAGUACCAUUCCAACUCAGACCUGCUCUACAGACAGACGGUGAACGUUCAAAAUAGCCAGCUGGACGUGGAAAUCGUCGAUGUGUCCGGAGAAACGAGGGAUUGCGAAUUUCCCGCUGAUCUGGUGCAGUGGGCCGACGUGUGCAUCCUUGUGUAUGCAGUCAACGACAGAGCCAGUUUCGAAACGGCCCGGCGCCUGCUGGAACGACUGAGUUUGGAGCGGAAGUCACGCAGCAAAGAUGAGGAGAGGCCUGUCUUCGCGCUCAUCGGCAACAAAGCUGACUUGGAACACUUCAGAGUGGUGGCAAAAAGCGAGGGGUGCGAGUCAGCGGCCGAGCACAAUUGCUACUUUGCUGAGCUCUCCGUAGCCGAGGACUGCGACGAAGUGAUUAAAGUUUUUGAGACCAUCUUGGUGCGUUGCAGAACUCCCACCUCGCCGUCAGGCUCUUUGAAAAAAGAGCCGUACUUCGGCAGCACCGAGAACAAAAGUGGUUUCACCAUCCGCAAGUUUUCUGUGACCAAAAUUCUGUCCUCGCUGCUGGCAAAGGCGACCAGCAACAACAGCAGCAGCAAUUCCACCGGCGGCGCGGCGACCAGCAACGGCACCAUGGUGGUGUGUCAGCCGUCCGAUUUGCACAGAAACAAACUGGUUCAACGGAGGCUCGGUAGGGUGUCUCUGUAAAAAAUAGGAGACAAUGAAUGAACAAUAAUGACUCCCGUGACGUACGUGACGUCCGAGUCAGUGAGCAGCAGCGUUUUUGACUGCGGGCAGUUCCACACGUACGGUGGUGAAAUCUGUAAGACUGAGUCGGAUCUAGUUUGUUUUUACUUCGCGCGCAUCUCGUUACUUGUUCUCUUGAGAAUUUGGCUCUCUGCUGUGUACACUUCUUAUUAUUUGUUUAAAUAAAUUUGAGAAUCAUUUCAUCACA